GACCAGUGCUGCGCAGCGUCGCUGGCCAAGUGCUGCAAAACACAACAAUAAUUCCAAAGAGUGUUCUGUUCGGUCGGAAUUUUUUCAUGUGCCCGUGCAAUUAAACAAACUAUUUAAUUCCCCCAUUGCACGCCCACAUACAUACGCCUGUAUGUCGCGGGGAUAAUAAAGCAUUCUCGAUUAUCGAACUGUUGCAGUCGCUGCGUGAAUGACCAUUUUAAAGUUGUUCCUUUUGGUUCAAAACGUCGCCGAGAAGGUCAGAAUCAGAAAAAUGUACACAGUUUGUGUGUGCCAGUGUGUGUGUGUGUGUGUGUGUGAGUGAGUGUAUGUGUGUGUAUGAUAUAGGGAAGAGGGGGGUAGGAGUACAAUUGUGUGAGUGCGCAGAAAGUUAUACAGCUGGCGUAUGUAUCAGCGAAAUCAGUAAAUAACAACUGUGAUAAACGGAAAAAGGCGGCUUAAACGCCUCUAAAAAAAAAACACGCCCCCAUCGCCCGGCCCCAGUGUCAAAUAUCGCUGCAAGGAAGCACGAGCACAAAACAGUAGCACAGUAUUAGCUGUGGGCUGUGGCUUGAAAUCCGCAUCCGUAUUCCGGGUGCCAGUCCCCGUGCUCGCAGGUGCUCUCCGGUAAGGACGCACUUUAGAUGCCACGGGUGGAAGGAGGGCGAGGAGCCUGAGCCCAGGACUAAAACCUGUCACCAGCAGAAGGAUCAACAGUAACUGAGGCACAAUAGAGAAUCCAUCCCAUCCAUAGCCUGUCCAUAUAUAUCGCGCAACGCAAAUCGGAAGCAGAAGCAGACCAGUUGCAGCCACUGUGGCGUCCGGACGGCGCCUUGGCAGCUGUGCUACCUGAGAAUUAGCGAGAGGAGCAACCAGGUGGCAGGAGGACACGACGAGGCAGCAACAGUUUGUUCGAGGAAUUCGAAUGGCAUUUGGUUGUUUCGCUAGCCUGUUGCCGCGUUGCAUGCCACAACAAAAAGAUGAACAAUGAACAAACGGCGUCAGCAUCGGACAUAUCGGCGGAGCGGAUUGCGGCCACUGGAACAGGAUCAGCAGGAACAGGAGCAGGUGGUGGGUCAGCGACAGGCGUUGGAAAGUUACCCAUUCCGGACACGCCCAUCGUCUCGAUUGCAUCUGGGACGAUGAGCGAGAGCACCACCACAACCACCUCGACCAAGACGACGCCGACGCCGUUCUCCCAGGAGCAGCUAAUGACCAUGAUGUCUCACCAUGUCGCCGACGACGAGUCAGAAGCCGAUGGAGAGCGACCAAAGGAUGCCAGUGAGGAGAUGGAGCCAUCCAAGUCAACAACAGACGACAGCCAAGGAGUAGUUGGAGAAGCAACAGCUGCUCCAAAACCAGAACCAGCUAAAAAUCAUAUAGAGUCCAACAAUAGCAGCAGUAGUAGUGGUGACCCCGCGAAGUCAACCUCCCCUAGUAAUAGUCAUAACACUAAUCACGCCACCAGCGAACCGGCACCGUUCUCGCAGGUCUUCGCCCUGCUGGGGGACACUCCUGGCGCGGAGCUGACGCGGCCGGAGCUCAGGUGUCGGCAGUACGGGGCCACCGCCAAGGGCAAGACCCAGGACGACCAGAAUGUCGGCAAGCGACAGAAAAAGAAAAAGACAAAAAACCAUGCUUGGGAGGACAGCGAUUUUAAUGAUCUCGACGACGCAUCAUUGAAGAAGCUACUGGAGGAGGCCUACUGGUAUCGCAAUCCUGGCGACAGGAAGAACAAGAGUGAGCGUUUUCUGCAAAUGCUCAAGAAGGCCGAGUACGACGAGGAGAUCUCUUAUCGUGCCAUCAAAACCUGCCUCACACUCAAUCCAUCGGCUUUAGCAGCCACCGGUGUCUCAUCCGCGUCCUCAUCAUCAGCAGUGGCCAGCACCAGUACCAGUGGAGCUGGUGCAGGAGGAGGAGGGAGUUGCAAUCAGUCUGCAGGGAGUCAUCAGUACCAUCACCACAACAACAAUAACAACAGUAAUAGUAACCAUCAGAACGCCAUAAAUUAUAGGCAGUCGGGAACAGAUACACAGAACCGGCAUAAGCAGGGCGGAUCCCUGCAGGAUCUCGUCGAGGCGACGCACCGCAGCGAGCUGGCCACCACAUCGGCGGCGGCGGCGGCAGCGGCAGCGGCGGCAACGGCAGCCACCCAACGUUUCAACUGUGAUUACCAGCUAACUGGUCGUUCCAAUCGUCGCCAGCAUCAGAAUCAGCAUCAGCAUCAGCAUAACCAAAACUCCACCAUAACCACCUCAUCCAGCAACAACAACAACAACAACAACAAUAGCACCUCCAAAAAGAUCAAAAACUCAUCAGUUUCGGGACGACAACGUGAAGGAGGAAGUCUACCCAGUAGUGUCAAUAAUAUAGACGCAACAGUGAUGGAUUCGAAGCAUUCGAAACAACAGGAGAUGGGGGGAGAGACGGCGGGUGCCUCGAGAGGAUCGGGCAGCAGCUGCUGCAGUUUGCCCAGCCAGCUGGGGGAGGUGGACAACUGUACGCUGACGGCCCAGUUCCUGAUGGACGAGGACGACGGCAGUAGGCCGGUGAGACGCGAUUACCUCCUGGAACACUUGGAGAAGCAUGCGCCGCCCACUCCCCACUCGAUGACCUUCAUGGGCGCCAAGCUGCUCCGCGAGAGUCUCGCCAACCAGCAGCAGCAGCAGCAGCAGGAGCCUUCGAGCCACCAGGGAGAAAGUGGUGAGGGUGCCGCCUACAAGGAGGCCUCUGUCGAGGAUCCAGUCCACUUUGCCGUCCUGGAGAACCAGCUGCAGCAGCAGGCCUACUACCUGGCCGCCCUCACCGGCCAGUUUGGACUGGGCAUGGACCAGGAGCAGAAGCGCAAAGUGGAGGCGGGCUAUGUCUCCCUCAACGACAACUAUACAGCCUGUUCGUCGGUCUACGGCGGCGGUGCUGGAUCGCUGCCAGCUUCCGAGUCCGGCAAGGCAUCCACUUCGUCCUCCUCGGCCAACUCGGCCUCGCCAUCGGAGGCGAUGGGCGGCGGAGAGCUGCGUCCGGCGAAGAUAGGACGCAUGGUUUCGGCAGCUGCCUCCGCGGCGGCUGCCUCUCUGGGUGGCAAGGCCACCACGCGCCAGCUGGACGAGAAUGGCAACGCUCUGGGUGAGGGUUAUGGAGGAAAUAAUGGAAAUGGUAGUGCCGCCAAUGGGAAUGGAAAUGGGAACCAGUUCACCGCUUUGAUCACUACCACGGUGGGCGGCAGUGCCCCCACCUCGUCGGCCGUCCACCGGCAGAUGCUCUCCACCGGACCGAACACCACCACCACGGCCAUGGCGGCGGCGGCAGUGGCCGCCUCCUACAGCCAGCUCCAGCAGGCACCGGGCAGCGGUGCUGUAACCGUGUCAGGCGCUGGAUCCGGUCUAGCCCAGCCCAGCACCAAGCUGAAGGCCAAGAAGAAGUCGCAACAGGAUCGAAAUACAAAGACCGUUGAUGUGGAGUCGCAGGCCGGCUACCGGGGCAAGGAUCCUGUCGAGCAGCUGGUCAAGUACAUUGAGAACGAUGGUGCCGGAGGUGGGGGUGGCAACAAUGCGGCCGCCCAGCAGAAGAAGAAGGAGCGCAAGAAGCAGAACAAGCUGAAGAAGAGCAACUCGCUGGAGGAGUUGCGCAGCUGCUCCAAGAUGGAGGUGGACGAUCUGAAGCGCCAGUCGGCCACCACGGAGAUGAUGCGCCAGAAGAAGGGUUCAAACAAUGGGCCAUCAUCGGGUUCUUCUGGGUCCACUGGCCCUUCCGGCACUGGCAAGCACAACUCCUCCUCCGACAUCAGCAGGAACAGCGGCAAGGAGCAGCAGUCUCAGCCCCAGGCUGUGCCUGCACCUGUCCAAGUGCGUGCCGGCAACACAUCGGCCGGAGGAGCGCAACAGAGGAAGGGGGAACGCCGCUCGUGGGGCACCGAGGAGCUGCAGUACCUGGGCAAUGACCAGGAGGUGGCGGCCACCUGGUCCGAGCCGGAGAGUCUCGGUCAGAAGCUGCCGCUCGCCCUCACCCGCAUGUCCGAGCUGGACGCCCUCAACACUGUUCUCUCGGAGACCGCCGAGUUCCAUGUGGUGACCAAGAAGAAGAAACCAAAGAAGCAGCGGGCGGUGACCAUGGAUGAUGCCGCUGUGGCAGCUGCCGCCCACACUGGGGGCAAUCUCCAGAGGAUGCAACAGAUCACCAAGUCGGCAUCCUCCAAUAUGAUGUCCCAGCGGAUGCACUGCUACACCCCCUACAACAACAACAACGGAGGCAGCAAUGUCGGAAGCGGAGGCUACUACAAGCAACAACAACAACAACAACAGUACCAGUACCAGGACCAGCACCACCAACAGGGCCAGCAGCAGCAGCAGCCCCACCACCACCACCACCACCAUCAUCACCACCACCAUCAUCACCAUCAUGGUGGAUCGGCGGUGGCCAACCAGGUGGACAGCUCCCGAAGGAAGUCCACCUCCUCGAUGCCGCCCUCCGAGAAGUCCGAUUCCAGUGACCUGGACUCUGUCCACUCGCUGCCCAUCCAAACGGGCAAGAAGAAGAGCCUGGGCGGAGGUGGCAACAACAAGCAGAAGGGUGGAGGAGCCACCGGAGGAGGAGGAGGAGGACAGAGUGCCUCCUCCAAGCCGGGCAAGCAGAGCAGCCCGUCGCCGGCGCCCAUCUCGUAUGCGGACAUUGCCCGGAACAAGCAGGAGGCGAUGAACAAUGCCAUUGCCAGCGACACAGAGCUGGAGCUGGGCAAGAGCGGCAAGUCCAAGACCCGUCCCGACUUCCCAGAGCUGCCAGGACCGGCCUCCUCCGCGUCAGCGGUGGUCAGCAGCGCAACUCAGCCGGCAGCCGGCGGCAAUCCCGGCGGCCAGAUCUCGGCGCCGUCCUACUCCCAGAGCCUGAACGCCACGCCCGGCGGCAGCAGCAGCAGCGACGCCGAGGCCAGCUUCACCUCCCCGGAGCUGCCGUCCUGCCAGGCCUCCAUCCCGGCGGACAUCGCGAACAUUACCAUCGUUGGCAGUGGCGGAGGAGCAGGAGGUGCAGGAGGAGUAGCACCUUCGGUGGCCAGCUCCGCCAGCACAGGCUUCACCCCGUCACCGCCGGCGCUGCAAAAGUCCAAGAGCGUGGAGCACGAUGCCAGCUACAGUUGCACCAGCAGCAACCUGGACCAGCAGUACCCGGCGCUGGAGAAGACCGUCAAGCGGCACAGCACCAACAAUGUGUCCCUGACGGUGGCGGUAACUGCCACGCCCACAACCACCGCACACGCCUCCACCCCGGGCUGCUCCAACUCCACCUCCUCCUCGCUGUACAAUUUUGCGGCGGCGGCCAAGCAGUCGGCCAUUUCUACCUCAGUUCUAGGAGCAGGCUCCUCCGCCUCAGCCUCAUCCUCGGCCUCGUCGUCGUCGGCGUCCAGCACCUCCUCGUCAUCAUCGUCGUCGACUUCCAAGCUCAAGAGCAAGUCCAAGGAGCUGUCGCCGAGCAGCAGCGGCAAGAAGUCGUCCUCGGCGAAGCCUAGUCAGGAUGAGGCUCCAGUGGCCCACAAGGCCACCACCAGCACAGCCACCAGCACGACCCAAAAGUCAACGGCCGCCACCCAGACGGAGGGAGCCAAGAAGCUGACGAUGAAGUCCAGUGGCGGAGCACUGGAACCCACCGCCGGACGACGGGCAGUGAUCAUCCUGAACGAUGACCGUGACGCUGCCGGUCGUGGCAACAACGAGUUCAUCUUCGGGGACUUUAACGAGGACGAGCUGAAGCUCUUCGACGACAACGAGGAGGAGGAGGAGGAGCAGGAGCAGGAGCCAGAGAUGGACGAAAAGGACAAGGAGAAGGAGAAGAGUCUGAGUUCUUCCAACAAGCAGCAGCAGACGGAGACACAAACCGAGCCAGAGGUGGACUCGAAUGAAGUGGAGCUGGAGGCGGAGGAGCAGGACGAUCCGGAGGAGGAGGAACAGGAGCAGGAGGAGGAUCGCCAGCCGAGGGCCGAGAAACAUAGACCCAACGAGGAGCAGCUGAACGACUCUGGCACCGCAUCGGAUGUGGUCAACAGCUCGGCCAGCCUGGACAUGCUCUCGAUAUCCGCGGAGGCGGCCCAGUCGCCGUCGAAUGCGGCGGCCACCGCCUCCUCCUCGAGCGCCGUCAGUCUGAUCAACUCGUCCACGCCCUCGGCCAGCGCUUCCAAUUCAUCGUCAUCCGUUUCCAUAUCUUCCACCGCCUCCGGUUCGGCGGCCUCCUCGUCCUCGGCGUCCUCAUCCUCAUCGGGCAAUGUGGGCGCCUGCCUGGCCUCCGUUUCCGGGAUGCUGGCCAAUCAAUCGGCCGAUAGCGGCAUCUAUGCCGCCGCCAAUACGUCCGUGAAGGAGCACGUCAAUCACUUCCUGAGCAAGGCCAGCAGCAGCGAGGAGAUGCUGCCCUCCAAUGUGGCCGCCAUCUCCAUGCAACAGCUGGAGACGUGCAACGACAUCGAGGCGGCCAUCAUAGCCGCUGCCCGGGCAGCUGCCGCCGCCAGGAGCACCAGUUGCAGUCGCAGCAACUCCCAGGAGUCCAAGCCGGUCCACCACCAGGAGCGGAUCAAGAAUCCCAGUGGCAAGGCGGCCGUCUACAUGGCGUACAAUGACGGGGACGAGGAGGAGGAUGAGGAGUGCCUGCAGGAAUUGAGUUUUAUGGCGGAUAUGCGGGCGGAUCCUGCCACGCCCACGCCACCAGAGGGAGUAACUGUCCUACCGCCAUCGCAGCAGCAGCCGUCCUCCACGCGACCGGUGAUGAUGACCAACACGGAGCUGAUAGUGGACUACAUAGCCAACACCUGGAAUGCCAUUGCCAAUAGCAAGUAUGUGACGUACUACAACGAGCAGGAGCAAGAGACUUAGGCAGGAUCAGGAUGCGAGGAUCAGAAUCAGAAUAGGAGUUAAGAGAUGGAUCUGAUGGAGGAGCAGAUAGCUAUCAGUGUUUGGAUUGCAUGUCUGGCCUGGCUGGCGUUGUCUACUACUACUAUUAUUAUUAUUAUUAUUAUUAUUAUUAUUAUUAUUACACCAUAUUACCCCCUAUUUUUUUUUUUUUUGUAAUUGUUGUGCUGGGCCAUCAUCGUUUACACACACACAUAUAUAUAUAUAUACCGAUUAUGCGCAUGCAUUAUAAAUAAUUGCUAUAACGAUACGCUUUUAUGCUAAAUAACGGUCUAAAGAGAGAGAGAGAGAGAGAGCGGCGGUAGAUCUAUCAGAGCAGUACCCCCCCUUAUAGUGUGAGAGAGAGAGUGUGUUUGAGUGCAUGCCGUGUGAUGAGUGUGAGUGUGAGUGGCAUAGUUAUAGGAACUAAAGAGAGUUUAGGAUAUAGAGAGAGAGAGAGACAGUUCUCCCAGCUGUGAAUUAUAGAGAAGAAUCUAACGGGACAAGAAGAGAGUCAGAGUCAGAGUUGGAAUAUUUAUUAAAAGUUGAAAGAAUUGGAAUGGAAUUUGAGCAUUUGGGAUCUGCUUUUUGUUUAUAACUGUACUUUAGACACAACCUGCGGGCUCCCUACCAUACAACAACAACUACUACUAUUAACUAUUACUCACUUAUGAUUACAAUUGCCUAUUAUUAUAAUUAUAAUUAUUAUUUUUUGCCUUUGUUUUACAAAAAAAAAAUCAAGAGAGAGAGAGAGCGCGCGCUCGAGCUAAAAUAUUUAAAAAAACAAAAAAAAACUAAAAACUAAUCUAAAGUUUAAAGUUUUAAGAUUAAAGUCUUAGUUGGUAGACCGAGUCGCGUGUAAAUAUUUAAAAAAAAAAAGAAGAAAAGAAAAGAAAAGUAAUUUGAUAUUUCGAUUGCAUUGAUAAAUAUUAAAUAUUAAAGAAUAUAUAUUAUAUUUAAGUGUAAGAGAGAUGGAGGGUGUAUGAUAAUGGAAUAAUGGAAUAUUUAAAGGAUUCGAGUAGGUCCUUAGCUCCGGCUAGCCAUAAAGAGGAUAAAGAUAAAGGAUACCAGAUUCUAAAAACUAUAAUGCACUUACGAAAAAUGCCGCCGUUUAGCUGAGAGACAGAGAGUUAGAGAGUUUAAAAUUAAACACUAAAUAUUACAUUUAAUAUUAAUAAUUUAAAUGAGAAAGAGAAGGAGAGAAAAAAGAGAAAGAGAGGGAAGAAGCCGAGCAGAAAGAGAAACAAAGUAGGCGUUAAGUGAACUCGUAGCAUAAAAGCGCCACUAAAUCGCUAUAUUUCUAGGAACUAAAAUAUAUUAUAUUAUAUAUAAACGCGUAUAUAUAUAUAUAUUUAAAUAUUACAUUUUUUUUUUUGAUAAUGCAACGUUAACCGUUUAAAAUCGAUUAAUUCUAAGAUGGAAACAAUGUCAGAAAAGAAAAGAAGUUAAGCCGAUAGUGAAGAAGAAACCUAAAAAAUCUAUUUAAAGCUUAAAAUUAAAAAUUAAAAAUGAAUGCCUAAGCCUAAGACCCGGAUAAAAAAUGUCAAAAAUAAAUAUGUUUUCAAAUGUUUUGCUUCGAUAUUGCUCUCCAAAAAAAAAAUGAUAUAUAUAUAUAUAUAUUCUUCAAUUAGUAUAUAUAUUUAAGUUUGUUGUCGUCUGUCCCUUUCUAAUUCAUGUCCUGUCAUCCGUAAAAACAAAAAAAAAUAAUAACUUGAAACAGAAUCAAAAUAAAGCCACAGAGAGAAUAAAUUUUUAACUAAGUUGCAGGGAGGAUCUAUAUAUAUAUAUAUAUAUAUAAAUUAUAAAAUAUAUUAAUGAGUAUAUAUAUUUAUUUGUACCACGCCUAUUAAGGAGGAUCUAAGCGCAUUACGUAAUAUAGAACAACUAAGUCAAAAAAAACAAAAAAACUAAGCCAAUGUACACUGCAACAACUUUUUAGAAACAAUUAAAAAACAAAAUAACUAUAUAAUAUAUAGUUAUAGUACAUUAUAUAUAAUAAUAAAAAAACAAAAUAAUUGUUGCUACAACAACAAAACAACAAAAAACGAAAAACGAAAAGUUUGAAAAAAAAAAAUAUUAAAAAAUAAAAAUUGAACUUAAAUUGUACGCUAGGAUCGUAACUAAAAACUAACACUGAAAUAUUAUAUAUAAAAAACAAGAAAAAAAUAGUUGUAUACCGAGAAAAAGAAGAAGAAAAAAAGCAAAAAAAACAAUGUUUCUUAUGUGUGUGUAUUUAUGUAAAAUAUAUAUUGUAGUUGUGUGUAUGUGUAUAUAAAUAGAAAAAUGUGACUCUUAAAAAAAAAUGCAACCAAAAAAAAAAAAAUAAGAAACAAAAAUUUACAGAGUAAGAGGAUCAGAUUGGACAGGCACAUUAAAUCAGGAAUUAUUAUUUUUUUUUUUAAUCCUCUCCCCCCAAAAACUAAAUAGUAAGGAUUUGUUUUUUAAUAAUUAUUUUUUUUUUAAAUAAUAUCCUCGAGCUUGGAGUUUGGAGUUUUGAAGCCGGAAACCAAACCAAACACUAGAAUUUGAUUUAUCGUAGCUAGCGGUAUUUUUUUUUUAUCGAAAAAACCAAUAACAAUUAUCGAAAUAAUCGAAAUAAUCUUAUCGGAUGUUCAAACUGGCAUUAUUUUCGUCUUUAGUGCACUUGUUGAGUUUGAAAUACAAGAACAUAAUUAUUGAAAGAGAAAAAAAGAAAUAAUUAGUCGAGAGAUCACGGCGGGAACUAUAAUCAUAGAUAUAUAUACACAUACAUAUGUACUCCUCGACUACAUACACUACUUCUGCCGAUCCCCCCCAGGCCCAGAUCCCUGUCACCCCUGACCCCCAUCCCCCAUCCCC